AUGCUUGUCGAUCGUGGUCGUCUCAGAUACUCAGACAAAAUAUCUUCGUUUUGGCCGGAGUUCGCAAAGCAUGGAAAGGAGAAUAUAACAGUCGAGAUGGUGUUAGCACAUACGUCGGGGUUGGCUUGUCUUGAUGGUAAAAUUUCUUACGAGGAUGCUUGUGAUCAUGAACGUAUGGCCAGAUACAUAGAAGAAUCGGUCAGUUGUCUCCUACCUUUAAUUAUUUGUCUCAGCUUUGAUCAUUCAUUGAAGAAGCCAAUUUGGGAACCUGGAAAGGCUGUUGGAUACCAUGCUCUGUCGUACGGAUGGCUGGUAGACCAGAUUAUAAGACGAACGGAUUUGAAAAAGAGAGGCAUUGGACAGUUCUUUAAGGAAGAAAUUGCUGACAAACAUGGUCUUGAUUUACAUUUUGGCUUACCGAUGGAAAAAGCAUGGCGCGUUGCAAGAAUUACGCGACCUACUGUCAUCGACCGCAUUGAUGAGUUUGUUACGGAUCCUGGGAACCUAGACUACGGAUUUAUAUUCAAACAGUAUUUGCGUGGAGGACUGGGUAUGAAAGUGGCUACGACUCCACCUUGGCUCCAAACCAUCUUCGUA